AUGGGCAGCAGAUUCCCCGCUGCCGCCGCGGCCCCGCGGGAGGCUGGCGAGGUGGCCGCGUGCGUGGAGACGCUGGCGCAGUUCCCCGAGACGCUGCUGGGCGACCCGCGCAAGCGCGGCCGCUACCUCGACCCGCUCCGCAACGAGGACUUCUUCGACCGCAACCGGCCCAGCUUCGACGCCAUCCUCUACUACUACCAGUCGGGCGGGCGCAUCCGGCGACCCGUCAACGUCCCCAUCGACAUCUUCUCUGAGGAGAUCCGCUUCUACCAGCUUGGGGAGGUGGCCAUGGAGAAGUUUCGGGAGGAUGAGGGCUUCAUUCGGGAGGAGCAAAGGCCACUCCCCGACAAGGAGUUUCAGCGGCAAGUGUGGCUCCUCUUCGAGUACCCGGAGAGCUCUGGGCCGGCCCGAGGCAUCGCCAUCGUCUCCGUCCUGGUCAUCCUCAUCUCUAUUGUCAUCUUCUGUCUAGAAACCUUGCCUGAGUUCAGAGACGACCAUGACUUUGAGGGAACCGGAGGGACCUUUGGGACAGAUGGUGGCCCCUUUCCAACCAAUGUCCUCACCAAUUCCUCCUCCACAUCUGCUUCCAUGGUGUCAUCCUUCACCGACCCGUUCUUUGUGGUGGAGACUUUGUGCAUCAUCUGGUUUUCCUUUGAGCUGCUCGUCCGCUUCUUCACCUGCCCCAGCAAGGCCACCUUCUCCAAGAACAUCAUGAACAUCAUUGACAUUGUGGCCAUCAUCCCCUACUUCAUCACACUGGGCACCGAGCUGGCUGAGAGGCAAGGGAAUGGCCAGCAAGCCAUGUCCUUAGCCAUCCUCCGGGUGAUCCGCCUGGUGCGGGUCUUCCGCAUCUUCAAGCUCUCGCGGCACUCCAAGGGGCUGCAGAUCCUGGGGCAGACCCUCAAGGCCAGCAUGCGGGAGCUGGGCCUGCUCAUCUUCUUCCUCUUCAUCGGCGUCAUCCUCUUCUCCAGCGCUGUCUACUUUGCCGAAGCCGACGACCCCAGCUCGGGCUUCAGUAGCAUCCCCGAUGCCUUCUGGUGGGCCGUGGUGACCAUGACCACGGUGGGCUACGGGGACAUGCACCCCAUCACCAUCGGCGGCAAGAUCGUGGGCUCGCUCUGCGCCAUCGCGGGCGUGCUCACCAUCGCCCUGCCCGUGCCCGUCAUCGUGUCCAACUUCAACUACUUCUACCACCGCGAGACCGAGGGCGAGGAGCAGGCCCAGUACAUGCACGUCGGCAGCUGCCAGCACCUCUCGUCCAGCGAGGAGAUGAGGAAGGCCCGGAGCAACUCCACCCUGAGCAAGUCGGAGUACCUGGCCAUGGAGGAAGGGGGGGUCAACCACAGUGCAUUCAAGCAGGCUGCCUUUAAGACGGGCAACUGCACGGCCACAAACAAUCCCAACUGCGCGAACAUCAAAAAGAUCUUUACGGAUGUUUAA